CGGUUGCCAGAAUUGCUGUAUUUUUUUUUUCGACCUUGUAUGAUAUAUGAAUUGAUUCGCUCCCUAGCGUUUUUCACUUCGGUUUUGAUUUUCGGCGCAGCAUGAGUCGUGAAAGACCACUGAGAGGCGGUUGUUCAUGUGGAAGAAAUCAAUAUGCCAUAAUUGUACCUCCGGAUUCUGCGGAGCAAGCCGAAGUUUACUUUGAUACAAGUAGCGAGCACAGGCGGACCCAAGGGGCACCGCUAACAGCUUGGCUCCGCGUUCCCUUGCUGUGGUAUCAGUCUUUUACAAGAUCCUACUUCCCUGACGAAACCCAUGCUGCUAUUCGCCGCGUUUUCAUCCCAGAGACCGCCCCACACAGCAGACGUGUCUUCUGUGGCUUCUGCGGCACUCCGUUGACUUUCUGGACCGAAGAUCCACCAGAGGAGGCCGACUACAUGUCUGUCACUGUCGGGAGUCUUUCAAGUGAGGAUCAGGAUAUUCUUGAGGAUUUGGACCUUCUCCCAAGGGAUCCUACGAAUGAAGAGAUUGCUAACACUAGCUCUUCUACAUCCGCUUCUCCGCCUACGGAUCCUCUUCAGCUUCGGUUCAGGGAGCCUCAAAUCUCAGUAACCCGUCGAGCGGGGGCCAUUUAUGGCAUUCCUUGGUUUGAGGAAAUGAUUCAAGGAAGCCGUUUGGGCCGUAUUGGUAAACAUCGUCGGGGUUUCGGGGCUUCACCAGACAGAUCGGUGCAGAUCGAAUGGGAGGUGACCGAAUGGCAUGACACAACUGGAGGUCCGACCACGCAAAAACAUGGUUCAAGUCCAGAUCGUGUAACGAUCUCUUCUAAAAGAAAGAGCCCAGAGGAAUAAUCUGCGAAUAGUCAGAGGCUCUAACUUGCUUUGCGGGCGUUGCCUUCGCUCUUUGCUGCUCUUGGAGUUCAUACCAGUGUUUCUCCAUGUACUCUACAAUACUUGGCUGGGUUCCGCUUCAAAUUGUGGCCCAGCCUAAUAUACCGUAAGGUUCUCCCGAUAUCUAGUAUCAGAGAUCCGUUUAUUUUUAUUAACAGUUAUAGCCCGUCCGGCGAAUCUUCGACGAGCUCACAGGAUGUCCUUGAGAUUUUGAAUCUAUAUUUGAGUUGAAAACACACUCGCCUUUGCUUCGGGAAAAGCCUCUCUUGUCCCAAUGCUCUUGUUGGGAUAAGUAUAACUCCUUUUUUCCCUUU